AAGUGUUAUAUAUAGCCCUUUGCAGUACAAAGAUGCUCAAACACAUUUGAUAUCAGAGCUAUAGCUACAUAGGUAAGGGAGAAAAAAAGGUGAGAUUUAAGAUUGAUGGAGUCGAAUCGUAAGCGCAGAGGUUUCAUGAAGGGGAAGUUGAUGCCAUUCUACCGAGCUGCCAAACCUUCCACAACAAGCAUGCAAUAUAGCAGCAAGGUUAAGCCGAGCCAGGCUUCUCCUAACACAGCUGCUUAUUCAGUUGGGUUCAUGGACUAUGUGAUUGCUGCUCAGCCUAAUCAGACGGUUUCAUUUAUAGUUCCUGCUGCAGACCACAGCAGCCAGCUCAAGCAGCAGUUUGAUCAUAAACAUUACGGUGCGGCUGCAGCCGGUGAUGAGAGUGUUGAUAUCAAGGCUGCAACCUAUAUUUCAUCUGUUCAAGAACGUUUCAAGCUUGAACGAAUCAACUCUUGAUCGCAAAGGAAGGAACACGCCGCGUAAUUAGCUAGCUAGCUAGGCACUAUGUAUAAUUACUACUAUGAUCCAUCCAUCAGUUCCAUCUCAUAAUAAAAAUCCCUAAACAUCGGAACAAAAUGAAGGAGGCAGGUUUUCAUUAAUUUGUUUUAAUUAUAUUUGCAUCCCCAAAUCUAGGACUUAAAUUAGGAGUAUGGUAUGCAUGCAUGAGUAUCAUGUUCCACUCAAACGGAGCAAUUUGUAAUAAUUCAUUUCAAUUUCAUACAUAUAUAUGCACCCGAUUAUCUUAACAUUAAA